GCGCAACUGGGCCUCAUCCGGAUAGAAUGAUGCUGGGUGCACCUUGGUGGGGAAUCUAAACGCAGCCUAGCUCUGCACGUCUAUCGCGCCAAUGCAGCUGAUCGCGACAUCACCAGCGACGUCACAUGUGCGCUUAAUUCGUGCUUGUCAAGUAGUCUCGAAAUUGUGCGAAAUUGUUGGUGAAUCGGCUGUGAUCGGGUGAUUGCGGCUGAUCGUGUAUCACGAACACGAUCGACAGCGGAGAAUGUACAUACGCUCGAUGUUGAGGAGGGAAGAUGCUGAACUGAUGCUUCCAAAUGAGGUCCUGUCGUAGGCAAGACAGUCAUCUGACGUGAAAGAAACGUCGCGAGCGCAACUGACUCUCCGCCACUAUCCUGUACCAUCCCAAAGCCAGAGAGAAUGUACUGCCUACAGUGGUUGAUUCCAGUGCUGCUGAUACCGAAACCCGUGAAUCCGGCGUUGCUGCAAACUCACGUUAUGUUCAUGGCGCUUUAUCUCAUUGGAUUCUUCCUAGAGCGCAAGCCUUGUACUAUCUGCAGUCUUGUAUUCCUUGCUGCUGUCUUCCUCAUCUGCUACAGUGGAAUAGGCAAUUGUCUGCUCUGGAGCACAAAUUGCGAUACAGUAAGAUGUGACAACGGCUAAGAUCACCGAUUAUCCGCUAACUUGCUACCACUUGGAGAAUCAUCCAUCCCCUUGUUAGUUUUCCAUUGUGCUUGCUAUGUACGUGCGUGCGUGCGUGCGUGCGUGCGUGCGUGCGUGCGUGCGUACGUGCGAGCAAGCGAGCGAGUAAGUGAACGAGUUUUCAACACUCUUCCCUUCUCUCCUCUCUUCUCCUUUUUCAACACUCUUCCCUUCUCUUCUCUUUUCUCCGUUACUGCACAAAAUAGCUUUUCUGUUUUGUCCAUGGAUGAAAAUGAUAGAAUGUACGAGUAGCCUUUAGUAAUCUUUUUCAGUUUUACUUAAAUUAGCCAAGAUUAUCUAGAUUACCAAAAAUUUUGCUCCAUCUACGAUGUAAUGUAAUCUACUCGACAUUUGCAUAUUUUUUGUAUAUAGACUUCACACAAAAAUCAUGAAAUUCCGAAUAAGCAAAAAUGUGAUAUGAUGUAUUUGAUGAAAUUCAUUACAUAGAUUCUGUAGAAUAUUGUCGCAAUUGUUGACUGGACCCAAGUAAAUUUUUGCAGAUAGCAUGAUGCAGCUUUUUAAUAUAGCUCGUUAAAUUUGCAUUUUUCAUACAAAUUUCAUAUAUUAAUAAAAUACUUGUUACAAUAAAAUGGAAAGAGAAGAUUUAUAUGGCCAAUGGAAUAUUCCUUUUAAGCUUAUCCAUAACUUCUAGAGGCAAUUUUUUAUUCCAGUGUCUCUUGUGUGAUUUUAAAUGGUUACUUUUUCACGGGAUCCUGUGUUUUCCUUAUGCAAUACGCAUUAAAGAGUACACAUUGAUAAUUACAGAACUGCAACUUAUUUUAUUAAAAUUACUUGCUUCAUAGCAAGCAAUACAUAAAAUGAUUAUUGAAUUGAUAUUACUAAGUAAAUAGAAAUGUCGCGAUUGAUUUACGCCAGGUGUAACACAAAUUAUAUUACAAAUAAUGCUACAUAAUAAAACUUUUCAAGUGAAUGAUAUGUAGACCAAAAUUUCUCAAGUAAUAACUUGUCAUCUGAUCUAGUUAAAAUAGUAGUUGGGAAUGUGAAAGGGCUAAAGGAAAAGUAAGGGAAUAGGGCUAAAACUCAAUGUGAAACUUAUUUUUUCCAUAUCGCCGUUUUUAUGCAAUUAGAAAUCUAAAAUGUAUUUAUUUCUUAAUUCAUAUGUCUCAUAAAAAGGAAUUUAAACAUAAUUAUUGAUAUCUGUGCUAUAAUUUGAUUGUAAAUUCACUUGCUAUAAUCCAUAAAUAUUAAUGUAAUAUCUAAUUUAGCAUAAGUAGCAUUACCAAUGUAAAUAUCAAUACCAAUAGUUAUGGUAAUUAAAAAUUAUUAUUCAUAUAGCUUAUCAAUAUAGGUGAAAAUAUAUAGAUUGAAUUAAGUUAUGUCAGUAAAUCUUUUAUGUCUGUCUUUAAAGCAUAUAUAUUAUAUAUAUAUAUAUAUAUAUAUAUAUAUAUAUAUAUAUAUAUGUAUGUAUGUGAAAAGGUCAAUUACCUUUUUGCAUCUAUUAUGUAAGCUUAUACUCGUAAUAUUUUGACAUGAAUUAAAGAACUUUGUUCUUCACAAACUUACAAAAAUUAUACCAGACUUGUAAACCUUAAGAAUUUAUGCAGAUUUGAGUAAAAGCUUGAUCAAAACUUUGCAAUUAUGCAAAAAUUGUGUCCAUAUUUCUUGGUAUAUAAACACAAAUAAAGAAUCUGUGUCAACUUUGAUUGGAGUCCCGAUUAGACACCAUAGAUUUCACUCCGUUCAUUAAAACAAUGCACAAUUAAAAAUGUGCUGUAAUGUUACAAUACUACUCUUUGCAAUCAUUGCUCCAAUAUAAACUGAGAAACUUUAUCAAAAGAUAAAUGAAAAAGAGCUGUGUAGAUCCAUAACACAAAGUAAUAAAGAAAUUCUCACUCAAA